AAAAAAAACCAUCAUCUUUCUUCUUCUUCCUCUUUCUUCUUCACUCUUCAUCAUCACCACCAAACUACCUCCAUUCGCUUUAUUUCAUUCUUCCUCCUCUAAUCCACCAACACUCGACGUAUAUACAUUUCCACCCUAAGUAAGUACUGAUCCCCAACCUUCGGCUUGCUCCUCCCAAAAAAACACGCCACUUUUUUUUUUUCACACAGGUGCUAUACGAUCAAACGCAUAUCCAUCCUCUCUCCUUAUCCCGAUGCCUGGACUCAAUUGACCAUACCGCUUCCCUGAAAUAUUGGCCUUCGCUCAAAGAAAAAUAAGAGAAUGGGUAUCAAUUGGGCCAAGGUCCUCAAGUGGCCUCGGCCCUGGAAGCGACUUUAGUACGCCUUCGUCUUGCACCGCCACGGGAAGAUGGACAGGCCGGGAGGGCUUGAUGGGAUGACUCUCUCGCGUGUCAGCAGUGGCGAUGAUCUUUCCUUGAGUCUACAACAAACACACGAUGGGCUGUUUCCCUUCCCCUGUGACCCUAGUCCUUUCACUUGCACUGCCCCCUUGAAGAAAAAAGAAUCGACCGCAGCAAACGGAUUGCUUGGCCUCGAACCCGGUUACCCAUCGUCUAUUCCAAAACACCAAAAGAAAAAAAAAAGGCGAAAAAGAACGUCCGACUGGUUCAUCCCGCACCCAACAAUCACCCCAUCAACGCCUUUUAUGCUGCGACACAGUAUGACUGAAAUCCGUAGAAAGCUUGUCAUCGUCGGCGAUGGUGCCUGCGGCAAGACCUGCUUGCUCAUCGUCUUUUCCAAGGGAACCUUUCCCGAGAUCUAUGUCCCAACCGUGUUUGAGAACUAUGUCACCGACGUCGAAGUCGAUGGCAAGCACGUAGAGCUUGCCCUUUGGGAUACAGCUGGCCAGGAGGACUAUGACCGUCUCCGCCCACUCUCCUACCCUGAUUCUCACGUGAUUCUUAUUUGCUUUGCGGUCGACUCGCCCGACUCGUUGGAAAACGUGCAGGAGAAGUGGUUUUCUGAGGUUCAGCAUUUCUGUGGAGGACUCCCCAUUCUUCUGGUUGCCUGCAAAAAGGAUCUUCGAUAUGACCAGCGUACGAUUGACGAGUUGAGGAGAAGUAACCAGGCACCCGUCACUCCUGAGCGCGGUGCCGAGGUCGCUCGCCACAUCAAGGCUAGGGACUACCUCGAGUGCUCUGCCAAGACUGGCGAGGGUGUUCGUGAGGUCUUUGAGAGCGCCACUAGGGCCUCACUUCUGGCCAAGCCCAAGGGUGGACGCCGAAGCAGCAAGAACUGCUUGGUCCUUUAAGCAGCCAACGCAGGACCGGCACAGCAAAAAAAAAAGCAAAACAAAAAAAACCCCCCCUCCCUUUUAUCUAGCAGCCCCCGGGGGAUCGAAUAAGAAAUGGGCGCUUAUAUGAUGGCAGUUGUCUUUUUUAUUAAUAUCCUUCGACCAGAAAAAAAGAGAACAAGAAACGACAGAAAUAAACCAAGUUUUUUCUCGCUCACGCAUCUGCUUUAUCGUCCUCGGAGAUUGAUAUAUAUCACUAUAUGACGG